GGAGAGCAUGAGGGGGUGUAGCUGAGGAGGAGGAGGAGAGCGUCUGAGAGAAAGACCUUUCGACAGUGAGAACUGGAGGCAGUCGAGAGCACACGGCGAGAGCAGCCAGAGUGGAAACAAAGGACUUUAGACUUGAAACAUCCAUCAGCAUUAAACAGACAUGACCUCACUGUGCAGGAACCUAGUGGGACUUCUCUUUUUUGUCUUGCCUCCCAUGCACUCCCAUCUCUUUACUAAUGCUGCUUCUGCUUCCCCACCCAUCACCCGUCCAUCAAUCAAGCGCAUAACUGACACAGCUUUGGGAGACCAGGAUGACGAUUACUCAGAUAACUACGACAAUGACAGCACCCAACCUCCUUCCAUGGUGCUGUCCUACACGAAGAUACCCCAGCAAUCUCAGUUUUGCCAGUACAACCCCUGCUUGGAGAAACAGGAGCCCUGUUCCAGUCUCUCAGCACAAACUGGGUGCCUGUGCCCUGGGAUGAGUGCCGUUGAUGAGCGUCCUCACCCACCACUUAUCCAGGCACUGGUGCCAGUCAGUGGAGAGAGCGACAGAGGAAAAAUAGAGGUGCAGUGGUGCGCUCCAUCUUCAGUGGUAUCUCAGUACAGAAUAGUCAUCGAGGGAAGGGACGGUGAUGCCCCAGUGUUUGGGGAUUCUUCACGGCGAGGUUUAGUCCCCACUUUGGAAGUGGGGACUAAAGUGUGUGUGGUGGCAGUGAAUGAUGCAGGAAGCAGCGAACCCUCAGAAUUCUCAUGUAAGCGGUAUGAAGCUCAUGAAUCUUCUGACCAUACACUGCUGGCCUGGAUCAUAGGAGGUGGAGCUGCUCUUCUUUUACUGAUUGUUAUAGCAGCUCUAAUCUGUGGGAAAUGUCAGAAGUUUCGAAAGGGAAAGAGAGACUCUACUGAUGGAUUUCUUAAAGGACACAUGGAAGGCUGUGAUAAGGACAGAUGCAGUUCUGCAGCGGUGUAGUCAGUGAUUAUAGAAUUUAAGUAUUGUUAAACUCCUGUUUCAAGGAAUGUGUGAAUAUCACUGUAAAAAUAGGCAUUGGUGGAAGAAUGCUAACACAUAGUUUAUUACAGUACCAGUGAAAAGUUUGGACACACUCACCCAUUCAUAUGAAUACUGUUAUUAUUUUUGCACCCUUACAGUUUUAUUUGCUGGCAAAUUAACCCCUGUAGG